AUGCUGUCGAAAAACGUGCUUUUGUACUUGGAGCUUCUGGUGGUUAUUUGCUUCUGCACGGCGUUCGAGUCUGACCUUACAGUGGUAAUCCCUCCAUCGAAGCUGCAUUGCUACUUUCAGCCUGUGGUGGAUGAACGAAUCGUCGAAAUGGAGCUUUUUUACCAGGUGCUGGAUGGUGGUGAUUUAGAUACCAACUUUAUUCUGACCGACCCAAGGGGUAAUGUCAUCAUACAGGACAAUCGUGUUUCGGAUAGAGAACAUAGGAUUAACGUGACAACCGCUAGAGGGGAUUACCAACUGUGUUUCGACAAUUCGUUCAGUUACCAGGCAUCAAAGACAGUUUUUUUUCAGAUCUUUCUUUAUGAUGCUCAAGGAAGCACCGAAGUGCUUGAUUACAAGAAGCUGUCACAAUCGCAGGUCGAAAUGGUCGAGAAGUUUGGCAGCACCGUCGAAGAUAUUGCUGGUACUAUGGCCAAAAUCAAGACUUCUUUCAACAAGAUAGAAGUACAUCAGGCUCUCUUGCGUGGCUAUGAGGCUCGUGACCGCUCGAUAAUGGAAGCAAAUUUGAGCCGUGUUAAUUUCUGGUCGAUCGUGAAUUUGAGCGUGUUGAUCAUGGUCGCUUGUUUACAGGUGUUCAUGGUUCGAAGUCUCUUCGAAGAUACUUCUCGAGUGGGAAAGAUCCUGCGUAGUAAACUGUGA